GGGAGGUCGAUGACAACAUAUCUGGGGGUUAAAAACACAACGACAAAAACAUCAACAACGCUGCGAUCCCCGCCGUCAGAACACCAACAUCUCCUUCUUCCUGUCCCUCUCUGAAUGGCACGGGAAGAAGAAGGAGAAGAAGAAGAGAUCAUAUCGUUCUUCUUCGUGUGUUGAAAGCGGCGCCCUGCCAGCCCUCGGCUGGGCGGUGUAAUGGGGGGGGGGGGAAACACAACAACAAGCUAGCACAGCUGAGCCGCUAGCAACAGCACAACACACUUUGUCAGCGACAGCUACUGAUGCUAACGUGAGCAGUUGGGAUUCUGAUCGCGGCGCGACUCACAACCUUAUCUUCUAGUAAACCCCCAUGGCGAUGAGUCCUACAAUGUUCCACGAGGAGAUCUGGAUCCACAGAGAGUGGCUGGUCCACCAGGGACAGCGACAGGCACCGGAGCACAGAUAACACCUUUCCAAAAACCUGGGGGGUGCAAGAGGUGACGGCGGAGUAUUCCAGGGAGACACUGGUUGGAGACAGCGGCUUCCAUAAGAUAAACCAUGAUCCCCAUCACCGAGUUGCGGUACUUUGUGGACACUCAGCCAGCAUACCGCAUCCUGAAACCAUGGUGGGAUGUGUUCACCGAUUAUAUCUCCAUUGUCAUGCUCAUGAUUUCCGUGUUUGGAGGGACACUGCAGGUCACCCAGGACAAGAUGAUCUGCCUGCCCUGCAAAUGGGUGGUCAAUGACACCUGCAAGAAGAACUUUAAUGCCACCCAGUCCACAUCACUGCUCUUGGAGCCCAAAGGGAUCCAGUAUGAUCUGGACCGCCACCAGUACAACUAUGUGGAUGCCGUGUGCUAUGAGAAUAGAUUGCACUGGUUUGCCAAGUAUUUCCCCUACCUAGUAUUACUCCACACCCUCAUUUUCCUAGCUUGCAGCAACUUUUGGUUUAAGUUCCCACGAACCAGUUCCAAACUGGAGCACUUUGUGUCCAUCUUGCUGAAAUGCUUCGACUCCCCAUGGACAACUAGGGCACUGUCAGAGACGGUGGUCGAAGAGAGUGACCCAAAACCAAUGAAAAUGAACGGCUCGAUGGACCACAAGGAGUCCGUUAUCAGCGAGGAUGUUGAGGCAAGUGUUCCCAUGCUCCAAAGGACAAAGACACGCUUGGAGCAGGGCAUUGUAGACAGAACAGAGACGGGGGUUUUGGACAAAAAAGAGGGUGAGCAAGCAAAAGCCCUUUUUGAAAAAGUAAAGAAGUUCCGAAUACACGUUGAGGAAGGAGACAUUGUGUACAGACUGUACAUCCGACAGACUAUCAUAAAAGUCAUCAAGUUUAUUUUAAUCAUUUGCUACACAGGGUAUUAUGUGCACGAUAUCAAAUUCAGCGUGGACUGCUCCGUAAAUAUAGAGAGUCUGACGGGGUAUAGCGUCUACCGUUGCGCUCAUCCGUUGGCUACACUUUUUAAAAUCUUAGCCUGUUUUUACAUUAGCUUAGUGGUGGUUUAUGGUUUGAUCUGCAUGUACACACUUUGCUGGAUGCUGCGUCGCUCUCUCAAGAAAUACUCCUUUGAGUCGAUACGGGAAGAGAGCAGCUACAGUGACAUACCCGAUGUAAAGAAUGACUUUGCGUUCAUGUUGCACAUGAUAGAUCAGUAUGACCCUCUGUACUCCAAACGCUUUGCUGUGUUCCUCUCAGAAGUCAGCGAAAAUAAACUGCGGCAGCUGAACCUCAACAAUGAGUGGACACUGGACAAGCUCAGGCAGAGGAUAACUAAGAACUCUCAGGAGAAGUUGGAGUUGCACCUUUUCAUGCUAAGUGGCAUUCCAGACACUGUGUUUGACCUGAUGGAGCUGGAGGUCCUUAAACUAGAGCUUAUCCCAGAUGUCACCAUCCCCCCGAUCAUCGCCCAGCUGGUCAACCUGCGGGAGAUGUGGCUUUAUCAUACACCAGCUAAAAUCGAAGCUCCAGCCUUGGCUUUUUUGCGCGAGAACUUGAAGUCGCUGCACAUCAAGUUCACCGACAUCAAAGAGAUUCCCCUAUGGAUCUACAGCUUAAAGAACCUGAGUGAGCUUCAUCUGACUGGGAAUCUCAGUGCUGAGAACAACCGCUACAUCGUCAUCGAUGGGCUCCGGGAGCUCAAGAGGCUCAAAGUUCUUCGUCUGAAGAGCAAUCUCACCAAGCUACCUCAGGUGGUCACUGACGUGGGCCUGCACCUCCAGAAGCUUUCUGUCAACAACGAAGGCACCAAGCUGAUGGUGCUCAACAGCCUGAAGAAGAUGGUGAACCUGACAGAACUGGAGCUCAUUCGCUGUGAUCUAGAGCGCAUACCGCACUCCAUCUUCAGCCUGCACAACCUGCAGGAGAUCGACCUGAAGGACAACAACCUGAAGACCAUUGAGGAGAUCAUCAGCUUCCAGCACCUUCAUCGGCUCGUCUGCCUUAAGCUCUGGUACAACCAGAUUGCCUACAUUCCCAUCCAGAUUGGCACACUGACUAACCUCGAGAAGCUGUACCUGAACAGAAACAAGAUUGAGAAGAUUCCAAGCCAGUUGUUUUAUUGCCGCAAGCUGCGCUUCUUGGACCUGAGCCAUAACAACCUGACCUAUAUCCCAACGGACAUUGGCUUCCUCCAGAAUCUUCAGUACCUUGCAGUGACAGCUAACAGGAUCGAGAGUCUACCUAAUGAGCUUUUCCAGUGCAAGAAGCUUCGCACUUUGAACUUGGGGAAUAAUUGCCUGCACACUCUGCCAUCGCGGUUUGGAGAGCUGACCGGGUUGACACAGCUAGAGCUGAGAGGGAACUGUCUGGAAUGUCUGCCCGUGGAGCUGGGCGAGUGCCGACAGCUAAAGAGGACCGGUCUUGUGGUGGAAGAGGGCCUCUUCAACACUCUGCCCACGGAGGUUAAGGAACAGUUGUGGAAAGUUGACAAAGAACAAGCUUGAACAGGUCUGUCGCUGUGACCGAAAACAGAUACUCCAUACCUUGGCCCCCGACACAGGUGGGAAUGCCCAUACUGUCCCAGAAGGCUCACUGAAGGUGGCAGUAAACCUGCUGCAGUGUGUACUGCCAGUAAGGUUGGGUAUCGAGAACCAGUGCCAGUUUGGCAAAACCAAAACAGAAAUUCUGGUAGCUUCUGGUUGUUCUCUUAGUUCCUAACUCCCCCAUUUCCCCCCCUUACGAACAACUCCUAUAUGGUAGAUUCAGAGAUCCUUGUGUUUAUGGAGGUGAAGGGUCAACGAAGAUACUGUGUUCACAGUGCAGGUGCUGCAGAGGAGGGGCUGGUAUUCGACCAGAAAGUGUGAUUCCCUACAUUACAUUGGCAGAGUGGAGCAGGGUUCCUACGCAGUAUGGAAUUUGAUUUGAGUAAUUUCCAGGUCUGGAUAAGUAUGGAAGAAAGAUAACAGAGUAGGGGUCAAAAAUUGUGUUUCCAGACUGAAGUCCAAGCAGAGGUGAAUCCAAAGGUUUUAGAAUACUAAUGAUCCAUCUCAGUCUUGUCUAGUAAAUAAUUUUACCACAGUUAGUGAUAAAUGUCGCCAUAGCGACACACUCUCUGUACCUGCCACUGACACUACGGUUUCUACAGAGCCGUAGUUCACAUAUGACUAUGACAGGUGGAAUGAUUAAUCAAUUAUUAAUCAUUAUUUAGAUUAUCCUGGUGAUAGCUAGUUACUUUGUACCGUGUCCCCUGUUGAUGAUAAAAUACACAUUUACCACAUUAUCACAGUUUAAAUAUCAAUGUUUUGAUAUGAGAAUCAGUCCUAGAACAGGUAACGUCAGAAUUGGAAGUAUCAAUAUUUCUAAAUCAAGCCGCGCAUCACAAUCAACUUUCUGGAAAAAACGUGUCUAAAGUGCAACAUAAUAGCAUACGCAGUCAGAAUGUAAUAUGUUAACAGUUGCAUUUCUAAAAUGAUUUAUUUAAAUCAGAAUAUUAACUUAUAAUAUUAAUUUAUAUAAUAAAAUGUACUUAAUAAAUAUCAAGCUAUUUGUACUCUGGUGUCAAAUAUGGUCUGAAAAAUCAACAGAGAAGAAGGAAAUUUGAGUCUGCAAAAAGUCUGGAAUUUUGAAAUGGAAAAUGUGGAUGAGUAUUACAAAACAUCGACCCCCACAGUUAUAUCACUGGAGCAUCUUACCAGGAAGCAGAUAUCCAACCCUUACUGUCAGUAUACUCAUGAGUGGGAACAUGAGCAUGGCCAUGCUACAUUAACAUUUAUUUCUUUAAAUUAAAAUGCACGAAACAAAAUUAACAAAUUUGGGGAUAAUGUUGACAAAUGUUGAGUGAGAUUAAUCAUGCCUGCGUCAUAAGAAUUCAAAUUAAGUUUAUACAUAGUGACACUGAAAUGUGAUUGCAACAUGUUUGACACUAAGUCAGAUGCUGAAACACUAGAUGAGCUUAAUACCCUUGCGCUGGUGGAUAUGAUGUAACCUCUGGUCUACGUGUAUGUAUGCCCUGAUAGUUGAGUGUUGCAAGUUAAGGAAUCAAAUGUGUUUUCUCAGCACCUGGCCUUGUGUUCUUUUCAGUUUACUACAAUGUUGUAAUAUGAUGUUUGUAUCUUGAUAGGGAAAUUAUUCAGUUAUUUUUAAUCUAGCUGAACUGCAUUACCCACAUAUUGUUCAGUAUGACCUUCACCUGUGCACGAGUUUAUAUUCAUCUUCAAUGGAAACUUCUCCUAACUUGCUAUAUAAUUAAUUACGGUGAAUCGAAUAAUAAUUUAACCUGUUUUUUUUUAUGGAAAAGAAAAAUGCAAUAAGUUCCAAAAUGUGAAACUUCGUAGGGAAAUUUGAAACUUUUGAUUUUACCUCCAAAAGCUUAAAACUUACAAAUAAUCAAGCCACAAUCCACUUAAUAAAAAGAAUAAGAUGAAAUUUUUGCCAAUAAUUUCAGCAUUAUGAGGCAUUUCUGAAAACACCACAGAUUUUCAGUCGGUUGCCUUAACUAUGAUUUACACCGGUUGUGUUACGUACUGUUGUGUUAUGUACGUAUUGUUGAAAACAAAUGAAACGUGCGCUUUCACUUUGUGCUCACACCUGUCUCUUUAGAUGGAUAUUGGUAUUUUGUUAAAGCAACUGAAAAAUAACCGUGGAAUACUGCACCACUGACUUUAGACUACGCCUUUUCUUUGUCAAAAGCGCAAUAGCUUUCCACCACCUCAUGAUAGGAUUGCGCCAAACAAUGCGUCUGAAACACCUAAUUUUAAAACCAAAUCUGCUGAUGGGGGCUCAGAUAUGUGCAAGGGCAAUUUGCUAUUUAGACAAAUUGGGCUCUAGAUGGGGGUAAUUUCAACUAAUUAAGACGCUAGUGUCACGCUUGGCACCGCUUUGCACCAGGUAUAAGAUGAGGCCCUUAUUUGUAAGACUGAUCUAAAAUCUUAGCAGUUGGCUUUACACAAGCUCAUAGGGGGAUGAAGGUUUUUUUGCGAGGUGAACCGAUCUCUUGUGUUUACCCAUCCCCUGCCAUAGGAAUAAAAAUAGAGGAAAAAAAUACUAGAAAUUUGAAAAGAUUCUCAAAGCCAUAAUUACAAAGUAAUAUCUUACAGAUUUUACUUGAUACUUUCCGUAUCCAGACGUAUGCGAACGUCCGCUAGGAUCCUUGUAACGUGAAUUGCAUCAUCUCUCCUAACUGUAGGAGAUAUGAGAAUCUUUAUUUAAUUUAAUUUUUCCUGUCAUUAAGGGGCUUCCAUACUUUAUCAGAUCAGGUCAUGUAACCGUUAUCAUGUAUUUCUCCGGUUUCAGAUUGUGAUCAUUUGCAUAGAAAGGUUUCAAACGUUUUACCUUCGAGAGACUUCUGUGCCCUUGUGUCUUGCCACAGUGAGCAAUGACGCUAAAAAAAUGUGGAAGAUCAACAUCAGUGCAUAGCUCUGAAACAGCACAGCACACAACGGGGGUUCUUGUGUUUACUCUGAGAAUUUAAAAAAGAAAAAAAAGUCAGUUUAUGUUUCAAUAAACCUAACUGCAAGAAAACAUGGACAGUAGCAAUAUACAGUACAAUAACUGGGUUCAAAAAGCAUUGGAAUAGUAAUGGAACAUUUAUUUCAUGGACAUGUUAUUGUGCAAUAUUGCCUUUAUUUAAACUAUGUAGACAUUAGUAGUGAUGUAGUUGUAGAAUGUGCAUGGGCAUUCUUUUUGUCACGUUCAUUUUACUAAGGCGAUGGUGAUAAAUUUCGAGUGAGUUAGACUGGAGGAGCCUGGAGAAUGCUUUUGCACUAUAGCACCUCUGUCACGUUAAAUUUGGGUAAAUGCAAAUAAUGGUAUACGACCUAAUGUACACAACGCAUGUUUGGUGUGUUUACUGGUAUGGGAAGGUUCAAGUGAAAGACUGCCAGCCAUGAGAUUAAAAUGGUGUUUGAUUCUGUUGAAGUAUUUCUCAGGGUUCCUAGGGGGUAUGGAAAAGUACGGAAUUUGAUUUAAGUAAUUUCCCGGUCUGGAUAAGUAUGAAAAAAGAAAAGAGAGUAUGGAAGAAAAUAUUUCUGUGUCCAGACUGGACUCUGAACAGAUGUGAAUCCAAAGGUUUUAGAAUAAUAAUGAUAUGUCUCAAUCUUUCUUGUCUAGUGAAUAAUUUUCCCACAGUUAGUGAUAAACGUCUCCAUAGCGACACACCCUCUGUACCUGCCACUACGGUUUCUACACAAAAUUACUGAGUUUGAAUAUCAAAUCUUUUAAUAUAAGAAUCAGUCAUAGAACAGGUAACGUCAGAAUCUGAAGUAUCAGUAUUUCAAAUAAUCAAUCCGCAGAAACCGUGACUUUCUGUGUAUCAAGUGCAACAUAAUAGUGUACACAGUCAGAAUGUAAUAUGUUAACAGUUGGAUUUAAAAAUGAUUUAUUUACAUGAUAAUAAUUACUUAUAUAAUAAUAUAUGCAAUAACUUAUAUAAUUUUAUAACAUAUAAUAAUAUUUACUUAGUAAAUAUUUCUACUCUGAUGUCAAAUAUGGUCUGAAAUAAAAGUAUGGAAUUUCUUUCAAUGGAAAAUUUGUAGGAACCCUGAUUUCUAGAACGCCACGUAGAAAAACAAAUUAAAGUUUGCCCCUCACCUUUAAAUCCCAACUGGAGCAUUUAAAAAAAUGAUAUCCACAAUGCCUCAGCAAUACACCACGGAUUAAGACAAUCAACUAUCCUAAUUAAAGGCGACAUCGCAGGUGUCGAAAUGUAAAGUCUUGUAGCGAGCACUGCAAGUAAAAUGGUCAGUAUGUUAGUAAAAACAUUGUGUAGGUUGCUAGUAAAGUGGUAUAAGUCAAUAGAUUUUUGUCUCAUUAGUCUUUGUUACUGUUUUGUUCUCUGUGUUUCCUCUAUCAUUUGACUAAAUUUUCCUUUUGACAUAUUAAUAUUAUGAUAGUAUGACUACAUUUCUCAGGUAGACCAGCUAGUACUCACUUCUCUUUUGAGUUGAUUGCCUAUUUUUUUAAAAUUAUACCUGGUGUUUUUUUUUAAAUUUAUUUAAACCGCUGUGAUAACAUUUUAUAUACAUUUCUAUAUGUUCUUUUCUAGUUUUGUGUAUUUAAUAUGGACUGCUGGUUUAAAACAAAAUGUGUUGGUAGUUGUUUUUAAAGAAACCACUUGGUUUCUUUUAUUUUUCCAUCAAUGACCAGGUAUUGAUUGAGCUGGGUCAUGUCGGAAUAGUUGAAUUGUGGUUAGCACAGAAGAAGUGUGUGUGAGUGCUACCUGCGUGUACAGUAUGUGUGUUUGCAUGAUGGGACUUUGUCUCCCCUUGAUGUCCAUUUUCUUUUGUCCUCUCAAAGUUAUCAUUUUGGGUACAAAAUCAUGUACCCAAACCGAUCCCAAUCAUAGGUAGUGUACAAAUAUUGUUUUGUGCAUAAUUUGAAUCAUUAGUAUUAUUAUUAUUAUUUGCCAAAAGGUUUUCAUGUAAAGGGAAAUCAUCAAUAGUAUUGUCAUGAAUGAUGUCACAAAGAGUCAGCAUCCACUGGGUAAGAAUAAAAUAAACUUGGUUGACCACA